UACAAAAAAAUACAUCAGAACGUCGCCAGGGGGUUUCAAUAAAUCAUAAAGAGGUUGUCAUACAAAAAUAUUAUAAAAAUUACAAAUAUUCAGAGUUUUGGCAGCUUUCAAAUUAGUAGAGUCUUUAAUAGAAUUAAUAUACUGCUUGGUUUCACUUAUAAAUAUAGAAAAGAGGGGAUUUUUUUUUGUGUAUCGAGAUUUAUGUAUGUGAUAUUUUGCCAAUAGUAUAAUUAGAUUUAUAAUGUAAUAUAGAUUUUUUUUUUUUUUGUGUAUGGGAAGUCAGUGAAACCAAACAGUAUAUUUUCAAAACAAAGGGACAAAUUAGGUUCAAUUGAAAAAAAAAAAAAUGAAGUUACAAAUGAAAAACAUAUUAGUGUUUAAGUGAAAUCCAGCUGUUGAGAUCACGUGACACCUUGCUCCAUUGUGGUCACGUGACGUGUUUUGUUGACGUUUGUCGCUGCAUUUCGCACGAUGAAUUCACGGGCAAACACAGCAGCUGGUGCAAUGUCAUCGCUUCGCUAGCAGGCAGCGAGCCGGAGGGGAACAACCUGGAGCGGGCUGCGGACGUCCUUAAUGCUCAGCCGAGCCUCGGUGGUGUCGGAGACGGAAGAAGAAGCCCCGCGGUGAUGCCGUUAUCAACGGUUUAAAAACAAAAAAAGGAGCAAUUGUAUCCACCUCGACAGGAAGAGGGGACCGCAGCUCGUCAAGUUAAUGCGCCGAAACCUGCUUUUUUAAAGCCACAGUAGAAGGCUGACUGGACUGUGUCCUGUGUACCGCUCAAAAUGGCCAUCGUGAGACAAUUUGGACUACUGGUGUGGAAGAAUUAUCUUCAGCAGAAACGUCAAAUCCUAGUAACUCUGGUGGAGAUACUCCUGCCCCUGCUCUUCUCCGGCAUCCUCAUCGUGCUUCGUCAGAAGGUGCCUUUUAAGGACUUCCCAAAUGCCACGGUCUAUGAGAGCUACGACGUUGAUACGCUACCCAAGGACUUCAUGCGCUACAUGCAGCUGGCCUAUGUGCCCAGUAACUCCAGUGUGGUGCGACAGGUGGCAGAGGACGUGCGAGGCAGCCUGAGGCUCGUCCCUUUAGUGCGCGGCUUUGAGACAGAGGAGCAGUUUGAGGACUACGUAAGAAAUGACCCCAAGUCAGGAGGGCUGCUGGCUGCUGUGGUGUUUGAGCAUCCCUUCAGCCACGACGAUGAACCUCUGCCCUUAAAGGUGAGCUACCAGCUGCGUUUCAGCUUCACCCCACGCAACGCCCCAGCCAAGGAGAGGUCGGAGCUGAAUCCGAACAGUGACCUGGACUGGCACACGCUCAGCCUCUAUCCCCUCUUCCAGCUGCCAGGACCGAGGGAGCAGUACGACAAGGACGGGGGCACGCCUGGUUAUUUCCGAGAGGGAUUCUUAACCGUGCAGCAUUCGGUGGACCGAGCCAUCAUGCGCUCUUACAACAAAACGUCUGCUGCUCCUCUACUGCGACAGACCAGAGUGGUCCUGUCGCGGUUUCCUUACCCUCCCUUCAUCUAUGACGUCUUCAUUCUGGCCAUUCAGAACCAACUGCCCCUGCUGCUGGUGCUCAGCUUUACCUACACCUCCCUCAACAUAGUACGAGCCGUGGUGCAAGAGAAGGAGAGGAAGCUCAAGGAGUACAUGAGGAUGAUGGGUCUCAGCAACUGGCUCCACUGGAGCGCCUGGUUCCUCAUGUUCUUCCUCUUCCUCUCCAUUUCAGUCUUCUUUGUCACUCUGCUCCUUUGUAUCCAGGUGAGCCCUAACGGAGCGGUGCUGACCCGCAGUGACCCCUCGCUGGUCUUUGUGUUCCUGCUCGUCUUCACUGUGGCCACCAUCAACUUCAGCUUCAUGAUCAGUGCCUUCUUCUCACGAGCCAAUGUGGCGGCAGCAGCGGGCGGUUUCAUCUAUUUCAUGAGCUACCUGCCUUAUUUGUUCCUGUGGCCGCGCUACGACUUGCUGAGCCACGCCCAGAAGGUGUCAGCCUGCCUCAUCUCCAACGUGGCCAUGGCCAUGGGAGCUCAGCUCAUAGGAAUGUUUGAAGGGAAAGGAACGGGAAUCCAGUGGGCGAACAUGUUUGACUCUGUGACGGUGGAUGAUGACUUCUCCCUGGGCCAGGUGUUGGGCCUGCUGCUCUUCGACUCUGUGCUCUACGGCCUGGUGGCCUGGUACAUGGAGGCAGUUUUCCCUGGAGAGUACGGAGUGCCUCUACCAUCUUACUUCUUCGUUCUGCCUUCAUACUGGUGCAGCAGCCCCCGCAUGGCCUUGGUGAAUGAGAAAGAGGAAGAGGAGGAUGCAGAAAAGGCUCUGAAAGGGGAGUUCAUAGAGGAGGAGCCAGCUGGACUCGUCUCCGGGGUCAAGAUUAAACACCUCGCCAAGGAAUUCAAAGUGGGCAACAAGACUCGGCAGGCUGUGCGGGACCUCACGGUGAACAUGUUCGAGGGACAGAUCACGGUGCUGCUGGGACACAACGGUGCUGGGAAGACCACGACACUGUCCAUGCUGACAGGGCUGUUUCCCCCCACCAGUGGCAGGGCUUAUAUCAACGGUUACGACAUCUGUCAGGACAUGGCUCUGAUCCGCCGCAGUCUGGGUCUCUGUCCGCAGCACGACGUCCUGUUUGAUAACCUUACUGUCAGAGAACACCUGCUCUUCUAUGCACAGCUGAAGGGCUUCUCCAAAGACAAGAUCCCAGAUGAGGUAGACCGGAUCAUCCGGAUCCUGAACCUUGAGGACAAGCGCCAGGCUCGCUCCAAGACCCUCUCUGGUGGCAUGAAGAGGAAACUCUCUAUCGGCAUCGCCCUCAUCGGGGACUCCAAGGUGGUGAUGUUAGACGAGCCCACAUCAGGUAUGGACCCGUCAGCGCGGCGUGCCACCUGGGACCUUCUGCAGGGAGAGAAGCGCGGUCGCACCAUCCUGCUCACCACACACUUCAUGGACGAGGCCGACCUGCUCGGGGACCGCAUCGCCAUCAUGGCGGGAGGAGAGCUGCAGUGCAGCGGCUCGCCACUCUUUCUUAAGAACAAAUAUGGUGCUGGCUACCACAUGGUGAUAGUGAAGGAUGCUCUUUGUAACGUGUCUGAGAUCACCCGCCUUGUCCACAUGUACGUUCCCAACGCGACUCUGGAGAGCAGCGCGGGGGCCGAGCUCUCUUACAUUCUGCCCAAAGAAAGCACCAGCAGGUUUGAGCUGCUGUUUGCGGAGCUGGAGAUGAACAGAGAGGAGCUGGGCAUCGCCAGCUACGGAGCUUCAGUCACCACGAUGGAAGAGGUUUUCCUCAGGGUGGGAAAGUUGGUGGAUUCGAGUUUGGACAUCCAGGCGAUCCAGCUGCCCGCCCUGCAGUACCAACAUGAGAGACGCUCCCAUGACUGGACCACCGAUGACGCCAGCAGCAUCAGCGGCAUGACUGACGUCACAGACUUCACAGACAGCGGCACGCUCAUCUCAGAGGACUGCUCCAACAUCAAGCUGAACACCGGGGUCAGACUCUACCUGCAGCAGUUCUACGCCAUGUUCCUGAAGAGGGCGCUGUAUAGCUGGAGGAACUGGAAGGUGAUGGUGGCUCAGUUCCUGGUCCCUCUGGUUUUCACCGUUGUGGCCUUAGUGGUGGCUCGCACCAUUCCCAACCACCAGAAUGCUCCUCAGCUGAGGCUGGCACUCAGCCGCUACGGCCACACCAAAGUCCCCGUGGCCCUGCCGCCCGGAGUGGGGCCCCUGGCCUCGGCCCUGGCAAACACAUACAGCUCACAGCUCUCCGCCCAGCUCGGCCAGCUCAUCAACGUCACAGACUUCACUGAUUACGUCCUGAACCAGGCGGAGGAAGAAGGCGGCAGCUUUAACGAGCGCUGUGUGGUGGGCGCCGCUUUCCGUGGCAGCAGCAGCCAGUACGCAGAAGUGACGGCCUACUUCAACAACGAGGGCUACCACACACCGGCCACGGCCCUCAUGAUGGCGGACAACGCUCUGUUCAAGCUGCUAGCGGGGCCGAAUGCUUCCAUCCAGACCAGCAAUUACCCCAUGCCACGCAACCUGUCGGAGGUCGCCCAGAGCCAGCUGGCAGAGGGAAAGACAGGCUUCAUCAUCGCCAUCAACCUCAUGUACGGCAUGGCCUCCCUGUCCAGCACGUUCGCCCUGCUGCUGGUCACAGAGUCCUCCAUCAAGUCCAAACAUGUGCAGCAGGUCAGCGGUGUGUACCUGUCCAACUUCUGGUUCUCUGCUCUGCUGUGGGACCUGGUCAACUUCCUGCUGCCCUGUCUUCUCAUGCUGGUGGUGUUUCAGGCAUUCGAAAUCAAGGCUUUCACAGACAACAACCACCUGGUGGAUGUGCUGUUGAUCCUGCUGCUGUAUGGCUGGGCUGUUGUUCCUCUCAUGUACCUGCUCAGCUUCCUCUUCUCCACUGCCGCUACUGCCUACACACGCCUCACCAUCUUCAACGUGAUCUCUGGCACGGCCACCUUUCUGACUGUCACCAUCAUGACCAUCCCAGAGUUGAACCUGCGGGACCUCUCACACUUACUGGAUAAGAUAUUCCUGAUCUUCCCAAACUACUGCCUGGGCAUGUCCUUCAGCCAGUUCUACAAGAACUACGAAUUCAUCUCGUUUUGCACCUCCAGUCCAUUAAUCACGCCAAUCUGCGACGCGCUAAACAUCACGUACCAGCUGAACUACUUCUCCAUGUCGGAGCCUGGUAUAGGACGCUACCUCGUGGCCUUUUCAGUUCAGGGUUUAGUCUUCAUCGUUCUGCUGUUCGUCAUCGAGCUGCAGUGUGUUCGCACUCUCCGGAGACUUCUCACCUCGCUGGGCAGAAGGCGUAAACAGUUACCUCUAAUAGAGGACGCAGCUCUCCAACCAGAGGACAGGGACGUGGCUGAUGAGAGGAAGCGGGUCCUGGAGUGUCAGCCCGUGGUAGAGUCGAUGGUGGGCAGCCCCCUCAUACUGCAGGAGCUAAGCAAGGUGUACAGCAGCGGGCAGACUCUUCUGGCUGUGGACAGGCUGUCUCUAGCUGUAGGGAAAGGGGAGUGUUUUGGCCUUCUGGGCUUCAAUGGAGCAGGAAAGACCACAACGUUUAAGAUGCUGACAGGAGAUGAGAGUGUCACUUCAGGGGACGCCUACAUCGACGGAUACAGCAUCUUGAGGGACAUUAAAAAGGUGCAGCAGCGCAUCGGUUACUGCCCUCAGUUUGAUGCUGUGUUGGACCACAUGACAGGAAGAGAAACUCUGUGUAUGUAUGCGCGGCUCAGAGGAAUACCGGAGAGGUACGUGUCUGGCUGCGUGGAGAACGUCCUGAGGUCGCUGCUGCUGGAGCCGCAUGCUGAUAAACUGGUCCGCAGCUACAGUGGCGGGAACAAGCGGAAGCUGAGUGCAGGCAUGGCUCUGAUCGGUGGGCCUCCGGUCAUCUUCCUGGACGAGCCUUCGACCGGGAUGGACCCCGUCGCCCGGAGGCUGCUGUGGGACGCUGUGACGCGCACACGGGAGUCUGGAAAGGCUAUAAUCAUCACUUCUCAUAGUAUGGAGGAGUGUGAGGCUCUGUGUACCAGGCUGGCGGUGAUGGUCAACGGCCAGUUCAAGUGCCUCGGGAGUCCCCAACACCUAAAAAGCAAGUUCGGCAGUGGCUACACCCUGCUGGCUAAAGUCCACAUAGAGGCAGAGCUGGAGGACAGCGACCUGCAGCUUUUUAAAGACUUCAUCGAAAGCACCUUCCCAGGAAGUCACUUGAAGGAUGAGCACCAGGGAAUGGUGCACUAUCAUUUGACUGACAAAACACUGACCUGGGCACAGGUGUUUGGCACUUUGGAGGCAGCCAAAGAGAAAUACCAGAUUGAGGACUACUGCGUGAGCCAGAUAUCACUGGAGCAGGUGUUUCUCAGCUUUGCCCAGUUUCAGCACUGCAUAGAGAGUGGGAGGAAGUAACUGGAGCGAGAAAUCCGUCCAAUCCAUUGUCCAUUUUCCACAGAGGUGUGUGUGUGUGUGUGUGUGUGUGUGUGUGUUACACAGCAGGUGUGUACACAGGCUGGAGCGGCUUUAUCUCCAGCUCCAUUUUUACCUUGAACAUCAACACACACACACACUCUGAGCCAGUCGCAUCAACUACAGCAUUUCUACUACUGUAUCUUUGUCUUUGUUGGGUCCAUCAUGCCGUUGUUGUUAUUGUUGUUGUUGUGUGAUGAGGAAGUGGGAGGAUUUGGAUUCUGACGUGGCAGGGAUGAUGAUUAUACCAAGUAAUGAACUCUGAGUACUGCACCUUUUUAGUGAGCUCAAAGACAAUGACAACACUCAUUAGAUACUACUCACUACUGUGUGUGACGGGGUUUCUUUGUGUGUGUGUGUGUGUGCAUUUAUGCGUGUACAGCUCGUCUUUUUUUUGUUGUUAUUUAUGAUUUGGUUUUCUUACUUGAUUAUGUUUCCAAUAAUUUGUGCUUUUUUUUCUGUGAUCAUCACAAGAGAAUGAACCACUCCAUUUGAUACGUGUAUGAAAUCGUUGCACACCUUUGCGCCUUAUCUAAUUAAUGAGGGUUCUUGUUUCUUUAUAUUGCCCUAAACAAAAUGCCUGGUUAUCCUUAAUAAGAGCGUCUUAAUGUCGUUGCCAGAUGUAAAUAAUGUGAUGUGUUCAUGGUACUAAAAAAAAACCACUUACUCAUUCAGGCCAGAGCAGAACAUUUACUCAUUUAAAGACUGUUUUGGGCACAUUAAUGAAUGCAUGUAUACAAUAAGAUUUACAGAGUGCAUGAUACUGGAAGAGCAAAGAGCUGCUAGCGAUCACAAGAAGACCGUCCUUAACGAGGAAGUAUCCUCCGAGUGCUUUUAGCCCAGUCUGGGAACAUUUAACACGCCUCCAUUGUCCAGGCAUUGUGAACCGUUGUUUCUGUUUUCCUGCCAAACAAGUUCCAGCAACAGUGUGUUACCAUGUGGAUACACGGACAUUACAGUUUACAUGGAAGCUAUUUAGAAAGAAAUCAUGGUGUGAUGCAGGAGAUUAUUUUCAAAAUGUUGCAGUGAAAUGUAUGGAAGCCCGGAGAGGCAAGUGAGAAAAACUAUUCUGGUGAUCCAUUUUCUAAGUCUGAUUAUUUUCUAUCUUGUGUUUAUGACUUAAGAACAGAUGAAAGGAUAAUAUUUUUAAUUCCUUUAAAAAAAAUCUGUGAAAAUGGGUGAAAAACUAAAGUUUUUCAGGUGAUUUUUUUUGUUUUUUUUGUUGUAAUGCUCGUUUCAGCCACAAGAGGCUGAAGUGUAUUACGAGCAUUAGUUCUAAAUAGGACUAAAAGCAUUCAUGUUUUAUUAAAGGUGAGUCAUGAGAAAUAUUUAAAAAAAACUCAACCAGAAAAAUAACUAACCUUCCAAAACAAUUUUGGUUUCACAGAAGAAAAAAAAGUUUUUAACUUAGAAAGAUUUUUUUUCAUGUCUUCUCAAGUCAUAAACACAUAAGAAAAAUAAAUUUAGGUCAAACUUAUCAAAACCUCAUCACCAGAAUUUUUUCCCCUACUUGGCCUCUCGAGGCUUCCGUAACAAGCGGUAUGUCAUGACGUCAAAUCAAGUCGUAUCAAACUGCAUGUGAUUGAUUUGAGCCCAAAAACAGCAAGACUGCAAUGAACUUAGAGGUGUUUUUGUAUUUUUUUGUUGUUGUUUUCAUUUUUCUUGCAGCUAUGCAUUUCACAUAGUACACCUAUGUUUGUAUGUGUGUGUGUGUGUGUGUGUGUUCUUGUACUUCCUACAUAGUGAGGACCAGAACACGUUUUUAACCAACAGAGUGAGGACAUUUUUGCAAAGUGAGGACAUUUCGGCCGGUCCUCACUUCUUUAAAGGCUUUUUUGAGAUUUCAGACUUUGUUUUAAGGGUUAAAGGUUACAUGAUAAUGAUAAUUAACUGAAACUGUAUUGUGUGGUUACAAAACUAACUAAAAUUAUAGUGAAAAUGUCUUUUGUUUUCAUCUUUGUCAACUUUUUUCAUACAUAAUGAAGAUGGAUCAGACAAAGGAAAUAAAGGCAAAAUUUACUGUGACGUCUUUUAAUCCCCCACCCAACAAAUACCCCAUUACAAAAAACUACAACUAAUAAAAACUAAACUAAAACUAAAGCAUUUCAAAAAAUAAAUACUUUUCUAAAACUAGCAAACUCACUUUAAAAACGAAUUAAAUAUAACUGAAUUUGAAAACAAAAAUUCAGAACGAAAUUAAAACUAAAACUAAUGAAAAUCCAAAACUAUUAUAACCUUGCUAGGGAAUUCACUGUUCCAAUGAGGGUCCUCACAAAGAUAGAAGUACAAGAAUGUGUGUGUGAAUGUGUAUGUGUGUGUGUGAGAGGUACAGAGAGCAUGGCAACACAUGAUUCCUGAUUUCAUCCAGACUGUGUGAAAACAGUGCUUUGGUAGCCCUCGAAUAUAUCAAAAACCAAGAGAUUGUUAUUGCGCAGUGGACAAACUUCUGUUUCAUCCUUAAUGUUGCGCUGCUCCUUCAGGGAACGACAGGAAAUGCAAUAAGAAGGCCCAACAGUGGUAAAGAUAGUACAAACUUUACUACGUACAAAUAGAUGCCUUGUUCUGAUAAAGGAAGAAUGAUCAGCGCAAUGUUUGUCCUCUCAUUUGGAUGUGCUACUGAUUUUAGACUGUACCCUAUUUAUCACUCUCUCAAAGCCUUGUUUGUACACUAAAUAAGUUGUAAAAAGAUUUCUGUAUUCUGUAAGAAUAUUUCAAAUGCUAUUUGAACUUUAAAACAAAUAAUUCCCACACAUAUUGAUGAGAAAUAGAUUCUCAGUUUCCCGUUUAUCAGUCAUGUUAGAAAUUAAUAUUAUAAUCUGGGAUGAAUCACAAAUCAGUCCGAGUGUACAGAUGACAUGCCUCCUCUCGAGAAAAAAAAAGCACUCUGACUUCACAGAAGUGACAUGAAUGUAUUUACACGAAAGUACUCAAACUUUAUGAACAGCUUCGUAUGAUUUCCAGCAAUUUCUUUUUGUCACCAGAUGCGUGUGUGAGAAGUAGAGACUGACAUUCCAGAAAGACACAGAUAUGUGGCUUAUUGCUCUUUUUAAAGGCUUUAACCUCCUAACUUUGACUUUUGUUACAUUUGUUCGUGUAUUUGCACAAUUGUUUUUUCUCAUUACAUGUAUGACUUGAAUCAACUGCAAUGUUAAAUACAUAGUUGAGGAGAAAUGGGAAGGUUUGCACUGCUGAAGGAUUGAGUUAUGCUGAAAUACAGUGUAUCAUAUUUGAAAAGGGAAUUUACAUCAUUGUAAUUGUGUACUGUACUGUACCAUGAAACUGACCUUGUCAACUGUAUAUGUAUCGCUAUUCUUUUUAAAUUAAAUAAUGCUCUAUGCAAAUGGUA